AUGGGUUCACGCCCUCAAAUAGGCGUCGCAGUAAUCAUCCUAGACAGCCAAGGGCGAGUGAUCAUGGGUCAGCGGCAGGGCAGCCAUGGCGCUGGCACAUGGGCCCUACCCGGCGGCCACUUCGACUACGGCGAAAGCUUCGACUCUUGCGCUAAACGCGAGGUGCUCGAGGAAACGGGACUCGAGAUCGGGCAAGUGCAGCUCCUAGCGACGACGAAUGAUUAUAUGCCCGAGGCGGGACGCCACUAUGUUACUGUUUUUAUGGGUGCGACAAUCGUGGGAGAAAACAAGGAGCCUAUUGCAAUGGAACCUGAAAAGUGUGCUAAAUGGCAAUGGAUACAAUGGAGCGAGGUAGCGCAAUGGGCGAAGGGUCAAGCUGAAGCGGAAAAGGUGUCAGAGCCCUGGGAAGGGAAAUAUCUCUUUCUGCCUAUUGUGAAUUUGUUUCGGCAGUUUUCUGAUUUCGACCUCAUAGCGGCGUACAGGUUGUGA